AUGUGGUCCAAAAUCGAAGAGAACCAGACAGUGGAGAUGACAGUAAACCUAAGGAAAAUAUGCACCGCCAUUCCAUGGUCGAAAAAGGCGCCCAAAGCUGUUAAAGCACUGAAAAGAGAGAUACAGAAGCACUUUAGGGAAAAGAUUGGGGUGGUUAUAACUAGCGAUCUCAACAACUUCAUACAUUCACGCGGAAGCAAGAAGAUUCCAAAUAAGGUUAGAGUUAGAGUCACUAAAGAGACAAGCUUGAAGAAUGCGGAGGAGAAUGUGCUAAAAACAGAUUUAGUCGUGGUAGGAUCUUUCAAGAACCUUAAGGAGGUUAUUGUCGAUUAA